AUGUUUCUAAGUAGCUAUGAAGCUUUAAUUUCGGGAGAACUCAAGAAGGAGAUGCUUACUGCUGAAGACAUGUAUCAGGAUAAGACUGGGAAGCGUCUAGGUCUUGGAAAAGCUGGUUUUGACAAAUCCAAGCUGAGAUGUUACAACUGCAAGAGUUUGGGUCACUUCAAGCGAGAGUGUCCUUUGUUGAAGGAGGGAAACACUGAAGCUGCUCCUGCUAUAAAACCAAUCGCUAUCGAAGAAAAUAAGAACAGUGUUACUCCCAACACACCAAAAGCUCUGGUAGUUGAAGAUUAUGAUUGGGGUGAAGAAAUUGCUGAAGCCAAGGAACAAGUCAACAAAGCCCUCAUGGCAAAGAUCUCAAGCGGGUCAUCAUCAAAACAGGUUGAGAAACAGGCUGCUGGAAUCCCAAAAGGAGACAACAUUGCUGACAAGGGUCUGAAAAGCAUUCUCACCUCCCCAGAGCCUGAGCAAAACAAGAAUCCUGAAGAAGCUGAAAAGUCCAAGGAACAGAUUCCAAAAGAGUUACCUGAUGAGAAGAAAGAAAAGGGAAAAGCCUCUGUAGCAGCUAUGAAAACUGAAUCCUCAAAGGAAAAGGCUGACAAGGACUUGAGGGAAAAAGACAAAGCUUUAAAGUUUAAUAAAGAACUUAAACAGAACGAGGCCGCAUAUCAGAGAAAGUUGAAUUCAACUUUAGCUGAAAUGCAAACUCUAAAGAAUUUGGGCCAUGUGCCUACAUUUGAGACCCGUGAUCGUGAACAUGCUAUGUUUGAAUGUCAUGAUUUAAAUUCUGCAUUUUGUGAUGAUAAAAAUGUGUGUGAAUCUCCUGUAUUUGUGCCAGAAUUGAAAAAGAAUAGCUUUGGAAAAUUCCUCACCGAGGAAAUUCCAGAAUUUAUUCCAUCUCGAACAGGUAUGACAGAUUCAAAGAAGAAAGUCACUGAAGAUAGCAGCAAAGAAGAUUCAAGCUUUUCUGCCUCAGAAAAGGAAGAAGAGACUUCAAGUUCUGAUGAAGAACAAGAAUCAGAAAAUUCAAGUGAAGAUCAAACAACAGAAGAUCAAAGCUCCAAAGAUUCAAGUGACGAAGCAAGUGAAGAUCAAAAUUCAGAAAAUUCAAGUGAAUAUCAAACAUCAGAAAGUUCAUCACAUUCCGAUAAUGAUGAAGACUGCUUAGAAGAUGAAAGUCGAGUUGACAAGAAAAUGAAGAAAGCCGAGAGCUCAUGA